CACUUUAAGCUCCUAGAAAUUCCGGUUGUGGGACAGAUAUUCUUCAAAAAAUAUAAUUCUUUACUGUGGUUCACUUCUAGAGUGUCGAAACUGUGGACUAGGUUGAUAAAAAGAAACAGAAGAAAACCAACGCCAACACCAGUUUUCGUGUUGAUCUCCAGGGAAAACGGGAGAGGGGAGGACCGGAUUUGUGUGAUUUCAAGGUAAAGCAAGGGCCCGCACGGGAAGGAACGAUCUUUUUCAAUGAUGACCAACAACGGGUUCAGCACGGGGGAGGAAGACUCCCGUGGGCCAGCCGAUCAGAUAUGCUGUCUGCUGGAUGAUGGUGAACGGUGUCGGAAGCAAGCAGGGAACGCGUCCUACAGUAAACGCAUCCAGAAGACGGUUACCCAGCGGAGGUUAAAGCUCAGCAUCGACAGCCACGCGCGGCACAUUUACAUUUGUGACUUUCACAAGGCACGGAUACAGUGCGCUCGUACGAAGCGUCGCCGUCGAGAUUCGGAGGACGAUAGCAACGAAACAGAUACCGAUCUGCCCGAGGUGGAUCUGUAUCAGUUGCAGGUGAAUACACUGCGUCGCUACAAACGCUUCUACAAAGUGUCCACGCGUCCCGGAAUCAACAAGGCGCAACUGUCGGAGACAAUCAUGAAGCAUUUCAAGACGAUCCCAAUUAAGGAGAAGGAAAUUCUCACCUACUUCAUCUACAUGGUAAAGUCUAACUCAAACAAGCUGGACCAAAAGAACAGCGUCAGUGCGGAAGCUACCUGAGCGCCGUAGCAUUUAGCCAGCUGAACCAUAGAAAACCGUGUCUCGUCCCGCACAUUGCGUUCACUUGUGUAUCUCUCGGUGUUUGUUUAAUGUGCGUUUGAAUGUUUUUACUCGAUCGUUUUUAUACUACUCUUCGAGUACGGACUAAUAUUCGACUUCCUGUUCGCUGAACCGACCAGCGAUGGCUCGCAGUGAUGAAGGUGUUUAUUUUAAGGUUUUAAUGAACUCAUUUUUAAUUUUUGUUGAUAUGUUCUCCAAGAUCGUUCACUGUGCCAGCAGAAGGACGGUGUAAAAGUGCAAAUCAAAACAAUAAACAUUGGAAUACAUGCUCCAAAUGAU